AGAGAGGUGGACGCACUGCUGGAGCUGGUCUCCAACGCCGACUGGGAUUUGUUUUUAUUUGGAACGACCCUGCUGGCUGGGGGUGCAGUGGCCAUUUGUGUGGGAUUCUACCUGUGGAGCUCUUUUUUUUAUAGACCUUCUAUUUUUUACCUGCUGCUGGCAGCACGCCUUGAAGCCGAGCAGGACCUCCUGUAACAUUCUAAACAGAAGAAGAACCAAGCACUGAGCCACACUAGGGCCACCAUGUACCAAUCUACUGUCACCCAGCGAGUGGACAACAACACCAUCCCGAGCAGGGUCAUGGAGGAGUCUGAGAUCUGUUCCAUGCCUGGGGGACUCGCCAACGCGAGGAAACAAUUUCAAACCCAGGAAACGACCACAUCUCAUGUAACCCAGUUCCAUUUCCAGCACAGCAGUGUGCAGGAAAUGUCCCACUCAGAGAUGUCGGUGUCAAGCAGCGAGCAUCAGGUGGUGGCGGGCAGUCAGCAGCUACUAUCCACCCAAGAAACAGUGGUGUCAGACGGUGUCAACAAUUUGCACUGCAAUGAUAAAAUCCAUGAAAAUGAAGAAGAAGAAUUUCCAAGGUACACAACAAAAGAACUCAGGGCUCACUUUGAAAGAACCAUAGAGGAAGCAGCACCACACAAACCGAUUAAGACUGGACGUGACAGCGGUUGGUCAAAGUGGUCGUCCAAUGCGACCCAGACCAACACAGUGACAAAUGAGGGGCACCGGGAGUCAGCGGUCGAAACAGCAGAGGACACUCCGGACGCCAUGAUAGAUUACGAAGAAUUUCCACCGCCGCCGCCACCGGCCGUAGACGACUCUGAUUACCUUCCGCCGCCACCGCCGGAUUUACUUGAAAUGUCACCAAUCAUCGAAAGUAUUCCUGUCACUCAAUACUCAUCCGAGGAGCCUCAAGGAUCAGUGAACUCGGCCAAAAACCUUCUCAGCAAAGAAGCUUACAUCAAGCAGAGGAGCAUGUCUGAGUUGAAACGUCUGUACAAGCACAUACAUCCUGGCGUCAGGAAAAAUAUCGAAGAGGACUUCUACAACGAAUACAACGAGACGGUAAACAACCAGCGGGCGAGUCAAGCGUAUUUGUAUGAGGAUGACGCUGAUGUCACUGAUGAGGAAUACGAAUGGGAAGAGAUUCUACCAGGAGAGGUGCAGGCAAGGCGCUGGAUGUUUGAAAAUAAGCCACUAGAUGCCAUCAAGGAUGAAUCCCUGGAUGGAGAUGAAGGAAAUCACAAGAUGACAGAGAAAGAGAUGAUUCUCGGGAAAGACGUGAGGCGCACGGCGUGGAUGUUCGAGACCAAGCCGGCAGAUGAGCUGGGCCCACGUGAGACCGACUCCAUGGAGUAUAGGAAGAGGUUUGACAAGGGAGACGUGCGAGCUGCGGCGUGGUUGUUUGAAACCCAAACGAUGGACAAUCUGAAUAAGAUGCACCAGGAAGAAGACCUCACCAAAGAGGUGGUAUUCACAGAAGAGGACGGUAACGCCACCAUUUACAUGAUUGACGAUAAGUACAUGGACGGCCUCGGACACACGGAGACGGUGGACGAGAGCCAUCUGCUGAGCUUAAGAUCAGUCGUGGAAGAAAUCAACGAGGAGGAGAAAACCAUAACGAGCAACUUUGACACUCAGUUUCAAUGCUUCAUCAUGGGGCAGUCCAGUCAGAUGCUGGAGAUUAAAUCGGUGCGGAAAAUUGAAACCGAGCUGGAGAGUUCAAUUGCUUCGCGUUGGCUUUUUGAUACUCAACCUCUUAAUGAGAACAAACCGCUUUCAUCUUUCAAGCUGGUGUGUAGCCUUUCCAUGGAGGACAGUAACAGAGGAGACUGGGGACGAUGGUUGUUUGAGAUAAAGACGUUGAAUUCCCUGACUGAGUUGGAAUGCUCAAAAACCGAAGAAGUCGUUGGGGCGGAUGUGCGCAAGCACUGCCUCGUGUUUGAAACCCAACCGAUGGAUUCUCUGAAGGAUGAUUCGAACGCCAUGACUCAGUGCGUUGAAGAAAUUAUCGGGGGUAAUGUUAGAUCGGCAAGAAACUUCUUUGAAAGCAGCCCUCAAAUGGAGAGGAAGAACUGCCCUGAAGUCGGAAAACUUAAAAAGUCACUGCCGAACGAAGACAUAAAAGGGGACGUGAGACAUCAAAAGUGGCGCUUUGAGAGUCAACCUCUGGAGCACAUACGCGAUGAGAAGAAGGAGAUAACUCGCACAGUCAAUAUCGAGGAGGACCUCACGCAGGAGGACGGUACGAGUUGCAGAGCCGAUGUUCGCAGGAAUUGCUGGGUGUUUGAGACUCAGCCAAUGGACAUGUUGAAAGAUGAUUCAAAUAGCCUCCCCUUGACAAAAGAGGAAAUUAUCGCAGGAGACGUGAAAUCCACCAGGCAUUACUUUGAAACCAUCCCGGCCGAGGAGCCGAAGGAACUCGCAGAAGUCGGUAAAUUGAAAAAAAUGGCGAUGUCGACCGACGAGGCGAAGGAGCUGGCGGAGGUCGGCAAACUGAAGAGAUGGGUGGAACUUGACGAGGAAAGGGGAGAUGUUCGACAUCAGAAAUGGCGGUUCGAAAGCCAGCCUUUGGAACAGAUUCGAGACGAGAAGAAGGAAGUCAUCCGAACAAUUGACUUGGAAGAAAUUGACAAAGUGGACGUGUCAAAUUAUAAGCAUAUCUUUGAGAGCACCGAUUUAAGCAGAAGGGACGAGUCGCAAAAGAUCCAGGUUGAGGGCGUCACGAGUGGUUCGGUGCAGUCCAACAAAAACCUCUUUGAGUCCGGGCUAUUGUACGCCAUGCAGGACAGCUCGGGCCACUUCCACGAGUUAAGAACAGUGCGUCACGAAGAAGUUGUGAGCGGAGAUGUCACAACGUACAAAUGGAUGUUCGAAACGCGACCCAUCGACCAAUUUGACGAAAGCAUUGACAAAUAUCAAAUAAUUAAAGGGAUAUCCAAACAGGAAAUCGAAUCCGGUGACGUUAAGACCGCCAAAUGGCUCUUUGAGACGCAGCCUCUCGAUGCCAUCAAGUACUUCAGUAACAUCGAAGAUGAGGAAACACAAAGCGAAACUCAAGAAAUUGUGAAAGGAGACGUAAAGAACUGCAAGUGGCUCUUUGAGACGCAACCAAUGGACGUCCUGUAUGAAAAAGUGGACAUAAAUAGUGAUAAUCAGUCUGAAGAAAUGCCAAAGGGAGACGUGAAAACAUGCACGUGGCUCUUUGAGACGCAAGCGCUUGAUGCAAUUCACCACCAAACGGAAACUGUCUUGAAAACGUGCACGGUCAAUCAAGAGGACAUUCAAGGCAAAGAUGUCCGGACGGCGUGUUUUCUCUUUGAGACCGAAAAACUCGAGAAUCUCUCCGGUGAGGAGGGAAAUUCUUUCAAGCGCAUCACCGAGAUCGACAUUGCGUCAGGUGACGUGUCGAGGAAGAAGCAUAUUUUUGAACACGGCACGGCCGAUAUCAUGACGUCGACGUCGGAGGAAAUGAUGCAACGUCUCAAGAGAGUGCAAAGCGAGGAUAUUCAGAAAGGAAACGUCGUCACCUGUAAAUGGCUCUUUGAAAAUCAAUCCAUAGACGCCAUCCACGACGGCCAAGAAGAAACAUCCAAAAGCCGGACAGUUACCGACAUACACGGUGGGGACGUAGACAAGGGACGAUUCAUCUUUGAGACCUUUUCCUUGGAUAGAAUCAAGGAAUCGGCGUCUGAACCCGAGCUAUCCACGAUGCAAACGAUUGCUCGCAACGAUGAAGAGAAGGGCGAUGUAAAAAAUUACACCAUGCUCUUUGAAACUCAGCCUCUGUAUGCCAUCCAGGACAAGGAAGGUCAUUACCAUGAAGUGACCACAGUCACCAGCGAGGAGGUAACACGCGGAGAUGUCAUCGGAACUCGGUGGUUGUUUGAAACCAAACCUCUGGACGCCAUCAAGGACUCGGACGAGGUUUACGUCAUUAAAUCUGUCACGCAGCAGGACGAGCAGAAAGGAGACGUCACGUCUGCAAAGUGGAAGUUUGAGACGCAGCCUCUUGAUAGGAUAUCUGAAGAAAACAGGACGUUCAUGAAGACGGUGGAGGACAUUCAAGGGGGCAACGUUAAAAUGAAUAAAGACCGCUUUGAAUCGGAGGCCAUGUUGCAGGAGUCGGUUCGAACGGUCAAUAUCAGCGAAAUACAAAAAGGCGACGUCAGGUCGGCCAGAUGGAGAUUCGAGACGCAGUCGAUUGAUAAAAUAAGAAGCCUGAGCUCGGAGAACCUCAUCGAGACGGUUAAAAAGGAGGAGGUGGAAAAGGGUGACGUCAAGCAUUCCGUUUGGCUGUUUGAGAAAAAUCCUUUGGACCACAUUAAAGAGGUCGACGAAGACGACGAGACGCCGCACGUCGCUCGAGAGGAAAUUGUCAAAGCAGAUGUCAAGUCAACGACGUGGCUCUUUGAAACGACACCCUUUGAUGACUUCAACGAGACGAAAACGGAGAAGACGGAAAUCUUGGGCAAGAACGUCAAGGGAACUCUAGAAGAACUUCAUAGUCAGAAAAUGGUGACAUCCAAAGGCAUACUCAUCGAAUCGGAUGAAAUCGGCGAUGUUAGGAUGGCGAAAUACAAUCUGAUGAAUCAGCAAGCUCCCGAGAUUCAACGUGAGGAAGUCAUCAGAGGGGAUUUGCAGACUAUUAUGAUGAACCUCCUGAACAGACAGGAACAACACGGGCGGCAGGUGGUCAUCGAGUCGGAAGAGAGGGGCGAUAUCACUUCAACCGUGCGACAGCUUUUCAACCAAGAGAGCAACAAAAAUAUCGAAAAGGAAGAAAUUAUACCAGGAGAUAUUCGGGAAGCCAUAAAUAACCUUUUCGACGACAGCGGCUCUGUCAAACAUGGACUCCUCAUUCAGGAGGAUGAGAAAGGCGAUGUGCGGAUGACAAUCUAUUCCCUUCUGAACAAGCAAGAUCCGAUGAGUAUGGAAAAAGAGGGCGUGGUCAGAGGAGAUAUAAAGACUGCCCUGCAAAGACUCUCCAGCCAAGAUCAGCCUGAUCUGACACAGAGGAUAACGGUCGAUGAAACCGAGAAGGGGAACGUCAAAUUCUAUUCCACCUGCAUCGAAUCCGGGGCCCUCAGUUAUCUUAAACAACUCAAUUUAGAACCAGAUGAAGCGUCAGACGAGACUAUUGAGAAAGAAAAGAUUAUCGGAGGUGACAUUCAGGGCACCAAAGUCAUCCUUAGUAGCAACCAAACGCAAAUCGAGCGCACCGUGGAUGAUAUCAUACCGGGUGAUGUUCACAACACGGUAAAGGUUUUCAUGACUGAGCCCACGGUCUCAUUAGAGGGUCUCCAAAAGGAGGAGAUCGUCAAAGGAGAUCUGAAAGCUGCAUUGACAUCAUUGUCAGAAUCAGUCAACCAGAGAGUCGUGGUGGAGAAAGAGGAAGUCAUGAAAGGCAACAUACCCAAAACCAUGCGAUGCCUGGAGAGGGCGCAACAUCGUCACAAGGAGAUCGAGAAACCAGAUAUUAUACCCGGGAAUAUUAAAGGAGCCUUGAGAUCUCUCGAGAAUUCUGCAACCGCCCGAGUUGAAGCCACCACGGAGGAUCUGGUUUCUGGAGAUGUCAAGGCUACCUUAAGAUCUCUCCAGUUGGCAAAGCAAACGGUGGUUGAGGUGGAGAAGGAAGAAAUUGUCAGAGGUGACAUUCAAGCAGCAAUGCAAGGUCUACAAGAUGCUUCUUCUGAGAAAAAAAUCUGUCAUCAGGAGAUAGAUGUCCAGGGGGAUGUGAAAGGAACGAUACAGCUCUUCACUGAACCUCCACCCGCUCAAAGAAUUCAAAGAAUCCCGAGUGCCGAAGAAGAAGAGCAAACUUUGGCGGAGAAAGAGGAAGUGAUAAAAGGCGACGUGAAAGGCACGAUUAAAUCACUUAUGGAAACGGCACAGCGUGAAACUCCCAAAGGGAAAGCCGGCUCCUACAGAAGAGUCAGAGUUAAGCAGAGGCCUACUGUGAAGAAUUUAAAUGCGGAGACACAGAGAAACGUACAAAAAAUCAAAACCGCAGUUCCGGACGAUCAUCAAUCUGUUGCGACCGAAACUAAAACAACGUGUACGGCGGAAAGGCGCAGCACACAAUCCAAAACCGUCGUGGAGCACAAAACCAUCACCCAAAGUCACGGCAUCAAAACAUUAAAAACGGAAUUCUGCAACCUGAAGCCAAAAGGAAUGAUCCGCUUGAAUAAAACAAAAGUCAAAACAGAUGUGUACUUUCCUAAACGACAAGUGGCCGAACCCGAUUUGCCUCCUCCCCCUCCACCGGUGGUAGACAUCGACCUUCCUCUUCCUCCGACGCCGCCGCCUCCAUUUGUGGAUUCUGAUGGGGAUCACCUUCCUCCACCACCACCACCAGCUACUGUUGAACUGGACUUACUCCCACCGCCAUCACCACCACCACCACCAACACCACCACCACCACCACCACCACGGCGAGACCUGGAAAGGAUCCCAAAACAACCAGUUCCCGUCUCACCAACCCAGGCCAAAAAGAUGACAGUGAAGAAAGUCAAAGUUCCGUUAUGUCCCGUCCCAAAGCUUGAGGCUAACGUGGAAACAGUCCAGUCUGUAACCACGACACGAACAUCUAAAAGAAUCGAAGUCCCGCCACCGCCGCCACCAGAAUCGCCGCGACCCUCCAGGAGAGUUUGCAUCACCCCACCAUCUUCCCCCACUCCUCCUCCAAGAGGCAAAACAAGUAAAUUCAACACCCCGUUAAUAAAAGCCGAGGAAAAAUACCGUAAGCACAAAGAGGAAAACACGCCUCCAACCACUCCAACUCCGCCUUUUGUGAAUGACUCAAUUAAGGCAGCUGAAGAUGUCAACCAAACAAAAAACAUCCAGACCCCAGCUGGAAAUGCCGAGUCGGCGCUCCAUUUCGAGUCCUCCUCGUCACGAGAUGCAUCCAAGCAGGUUGUUAUCUCCACAAUAUCAUCUGCCAAGAAGGAAAUACUUUCUAAUGAGUCUUCUAAGCUUCAAAAGAGCUCUUCAGUGACUGCUGUGAGACAAACCGCUCACACAACCAAACAGAAAAUAGUUUCUGUCUCCUCCCAGGUGUCGACUCAAGCUGUCGUUUCGAACCAAAGUCACACCACAGACACCACUUUUGCAAAAAUCGCCGGUGAGAAGAAACAUGUGAAAAAUCGAAACGCAAAGGAAUCUGAAAGAAAGAUGGUCGAGGGAACAGGUAUGGAUAAAUCGAGAGGCCUUGUUAAAAUGGCGAAAACUGAAAGCAUUGAACAGAAAUCAAAGACAUCCCAAUCGCAGCCCAAGAGAAACGAGCAACCAGAAAUACCCACCGAAAAAGCAGAAACUAUCGGGAAAAUACCAAGAACAAACCAAAAGGUAAAAAAGAGCACUAAGCAGGAAAAGCAAGUUGACGCCAAGAUUGAAGAAGAGCGAAAGAUUCAGGUGAAAGCCAACGAUUCCGCCAAGCCCAUCAGCGAGUCAAGAGAGGUAAAGACAGAAUCAAAGCAGGUGAUAACCAAAGUGUCCCCAGAUGAAGAUCUUGCCAUCAAUGUAAGUGACGGUCAAACAGCACCAAAGAAGAAAAAGAAAUCUAAAAAGUCGAAAGCGGCGACACAAUUAAGUCAAAUCAAAGACUUCGAAUCAAAGACGGCCGUCACAGAAACAAUCAAUGAAAUGGAAGAAACAACUGCCGCUCUACAAAUUCACACAAGUGUCGUCGAAGAGCAUGUUCAAAGCAAAGAGGAUGACAACUCCCAGAGAGUAAAAGCACAUCAAAGUCAUCCCAAGAAGAAAGCCGUGACAAUUACUCCGAAGAGUGCGUCACUGGAGGAAAGUCGGGCCGAGCCAAUUAAAGUGCCAGUCGAGUCAGAACAGAAUCAAACGGUCACGUCUGCAUCAGUGGGAAUCGUGGAAUCUCCCAAGCAACAGGUGGCGGGCGUAAUCUCUUACAUCACGGGAAUGCAAACCGUUUCCAAAACUAAACUCGGCACAUUUGCAGAUUGCUUCGCAAGCCCGGAGGUUCCUCACAAAAAAUUGGGGGAUGACGUUCCCGAGUCGAGUCGAGCUCAAAAAGUUACGAACGAAAAGCGCGGAUUGGAAUCUGUUGCUGAGGAAAAAAAGUUCGGCGUUGGUUCUAUAAAAGUCCAGAAGCAAUUAAAGAAGGAGAUCUUAACUGAAAGCAGGAAAGAACAAAUGGACCUACGAGCUCCGUCGCCGUCUCUAAGAACCCGAACUCCCUCGCCCACAUUUAUCACCAUCGAAUCCAUUCGAAGGACCGACUCCCCCCAGAGAGUCACUCCCUCGCCGACACCGCUCCAAAGGGCCGGCACACCCCCGCCGCCGCCGCCGCGCCGCUGCGAUACCCCGACGUCAAAACUGACGAGAAUCACACCCUCCCCGACGUUUGACCGAGCCGAGAAUUUGCCGCGACUCAAAGACACCACGGCCAAGUUGUCUCGCGGCGUUACCCCGCCGCCGUUAAUAUCCUCGCAGCUCAUAUGCGAAAAGAAAUCCGAAAUCGUGGAAACGCCUGCUUCAUUCCAUCGGCAAAUCAAACUUGAGUCCGUACACGGCUCCGGUGAGUCGUCUAGAAAGCACGUCAUAGAAAAAGACACCUGGGAACCUCCCGAGGCUUCAAAUGCAAAUGAAAGCCAAAGUAAGGCAGAUAGGAAACCGCCGCUUUGUAAUGAGGUCCCGGAAGAUACCUCCGAGUUAUCAUUGGCUUCAUUUCAAGAAAAGAAGGAGUUCUUCGAGGAGGCCCAAAAGGCUGAAAUGAAUAAAACCUAUAUCCGAAAGGAACCCAUUGCGAUACCUGAACGACUGGGCCCGGAGCUGGAGGACAGCGAUGAGGACAAGAUCCAAGAAAAGGAAGAUCUGCCCAAAGCGGACUUGUCCGGUCUUGUCAAUAAAUUUGAAUCAACAGGUAAAACAGACAUCAGCAAAGAGUUGCUCGCAUUUACAGAGUGGUUGCAAAACGAAAGUGAAGACAAGGAAGACUCCGAAAGGGCGUCGGCAGCUUUUGACGUUCAGACUCUCAAGAAUAUUUUUGAAACAAGCGAGCAGAGAUUCUCUGUAGAUGAGCAGAAAGGCAAUCACGAGGACCCGCUGACAAUCAGACGGGAAGUCGACACGGCAAAGCUGCAAAGUCCUCUUGAGAUGCAGCCGGGCUUAAAACUCAGCUCGGCCCUCCCCUCUCAUGGAAAUGUGCUGGAAAUUGUACGGACAGAUCCAUCAGCUCCUUCUGAGAGCAAAUCAAUCACAGAGCAUUUCUCAAGCCUCGAUGUGUUUGGGAGCAAGGUCACCACGACAAGUGUCAGUCAGCGCUCUGGCGGCGUGUCAAAACAGCCGGCUCCUUUUUCUUACGCUGACGCGGUGAAAAGGAAAGUGGCGCCGGCCAGACGAACGCAAACCCACGACCAAGACGCCACUGAGAAAUUGCUGAAGAACUUUCACCACACCCGCAGCGAGAGCGAGGCGCUUUUCAAGACUGCGACGGAAGUGAUGACGUCACAGGCGGUGUCUCAUCAGACGAUCAUCGGCUCGAGUUCCGAAGUCAGAGCUGUGCACAGUGUGUCGAAGGAGGGUGUAUCCGAUGGAUGGAUGGAUAGUGGACAGAAAAAAGUACCAUAAAUCCUGCUUCUUCUGUGAGCAAUGCAAAAGUAAACUAAGCCUGGGAAAUUACGUCUCUCUCCACGGACACUUCUUUUGUCUUCACCACUACAAACAACUCCUCAAGUCCAAAGGAAUGUACGAUAAUGAACUCGGUCAGAAAGCUCCCGCGGGAACCGACGCCUCCACCCCACCGGAGCAAAAACUCGAAUGGAGAUAUUCAACACGCGGCCUAAGUUCACUUGACAGGAACAAAACACAUCAUGGUGGUCAGAUUGAAGCGACAAAAGCAUUUGAUGAGAGCAAACCGCAGGGCAGCAGAAUAUCCGUCGUUUGGCCUCCGCAGGCCGACUCCCCAAAGAAAGUUUUUAAAAUAGAGGAAGACAUUCAACUAGCCAAACCGCAGUGGCCCCCGCAAGACAAUUCCCCAAAAUUAAUCCAACAGCAACACGGAGAGACUGUUCCAAGAAGUGUCUUGUAAAGUAAUUACCUAAGUAGAAAAUGAAAAAAAAA